CAUUGGUGUUGUCGGCAGCAAAUCAUAGGUCAUCAUCAUAGUAUUGCGCUAUUCAAGACACAACAGCAACCAGACAACCCAAUCCCAAAGCACUAUCCAACCAACUAUCCAAUAAGAAGAAAGAAGCGUUCGACCAUGACAACCAAGACUACUCCGCAUGCGCACAAGCCGAAACACUCGUUGAAGGGAAUGUUUCUCAUCUUUUUGGGUAGCUUUUCCUUCAGCGUCAUGUUCCUCAUGGUCAAGUUGAUGGCGGACGUGAACACCUUCACACUCGUCUUUUAUCGAUCCUGGAUACAGAUCAUCAUCUCCAUCAUUAGUCUAUACCGCAAGGGAGUAUCGCCAUUCGGUCCGGCCGACUUGAAGGUCCAACUCUUGCUCGUUUCCAGAGCCGUCUUUGGAGCAUUGGCCGUUUGUGCGUGGUUCUUUGGCAUUCAAUUGUUGCCGCUUCCCGAUGCCGUCACUCUGCAAUUCACCACCCCUCCCUUUGCCGCCGCCUUUGCCGUUUGUAUGGUCGGAGAACGAUGGAAACUACUCGAUAUCAUUGGAGCCGUCGUCUGUCUCUCGGGCGUCGCCUUUAUUGCCCAUCCCACCUGGCUCUUUGGAGGAGGAGAGGACGUAGAAGAUACGGUGGCCAGUGAAACGGAUCCCUUCAUGAAGGCACUCGCGGUGCUCGUCACCACGGGUGGAGCCGCCAUGGCCGGCAUUGCCUAUGUCUGUGUGCGCAAAAUUGGCAAUCGAGCCGACGCCAUUGUCAUGGUACUCUACUAUGGAGUUCUCAGUAUCCCCAUGUGCUUUCUAGGAUCUGGGUUCUUUCUGGGGGAGUGGAAUGUGUGGGGAAACUUUCAACAGUUCACCGUCAAGGAUUACUUCCUGCUCGUACUCAUGGGAUUUGGAGGAUACGGAGGACAGUUCUUUACCAAUCUGGGGCUUCAGAAUGAGACUGCGGCAACGGCCACUUUGGCAACAUCGACACAGAUUGUGUGGACAUAUGUGUUUGAGCUCGCAUUCCUACACGACCAUCUAGAUACUUGGAGCUUGUUUGGAACAGGUCUCAUCAUGGGGUACAUGCUCUGUGUCGCAUUCAUCAAAACUCUGGCAACCGAUAAACUCGCCGAAGCAUCCCCCGAAGAGCAAAAGGGACUUCUGGACAUGGAUGACGAGAAACCAGAGUAUCAGAGCACCACUCCGUUGACACAAGCAUCGGUAGAGGAGCCUUAGUUUGAAGUAGCUGGCCAUGACAUGCCAGGCAACUGCCCAACCAACCAAGCAACAGCAACCGUGCCAUGCUGUGCUUUGCUCCCUUUAGAUUGCUUACGUACUACUUGAGCCCUUUCAUUUUUUUCAACAGCAACAGCAGCAACAGUCAUAUGUACAGCUUCAUUGACUAUCUCCAGCUAACUUUAGUAUUGUAAUCAAUCAAUGUCAAAC